AAGAGUGGGCCGCCCUGGGUAACAUGGAGAAGGAGGAUGCCAUGGUGGAGUUCGUCAAGCUGCUUAACAAAUGCUGUAACCUCUUUGCUCCCUAUGUCACCUCACACAAGAUUGAGAGGGAGGAACAGGAAAGGAAAAGGCAAGAGGAGGAGGAGCGUCAGCGGAGAGAAGAGGAGGAGAGGGAGCGACAAAGACAGGAGGAGGAGAGACGGAGGCUUGAGGAGGAGGAGAGGCUUAGGAGAGAGGAAGAGGAAAGGAGACAGGCAGAGGAGGAGAGGCUACGGAUUGAGCAGCAGAAACAACAGAUAAUGGCGGCGCUGAAUGCCCAGACAGCAGUGCAGUUCCAACAGUAUGCUGCCCAGCAGUACCCCAACAGCACAGAGCAGCAGCUCUGCCUCAUCCGUCAACUCCAGGAGCAGCACUACCAGCAGUACAUGCAGCAGCUCUACCAGGUGCAGCUGGCCCAGCAACAGGCAGCCUUACAGAAGCAGCAGCAGCAGGCUGAUUCGAUGGUGCAGGGGACACUGGAAUCUAGCAACUUUAACAGCGGUGAACAUGUUCCCGCAUCAGCAGCCGGACCGCUGUGCGCAGCUUCGCCUGUUGGGGAGGAAAUCCCUACGGUCAACGGAGGCCAGUCAGACUCGUACUCUGAGAGCAUGGACCGGGAGCCAGAGACUGAGCCGGCAGAGGAGGUCUCAGAGAAUGGACCUUUAUUAGCUGACUCCCCACCGGUCAUUGCUGCUCCCUCCAUGUGGACACGGCCACAGAUCAAGGACUUCAAGGAGAAAAUACGGCAGGAUGCAGACAGUGUGAUCACGGUGGGGCGCGGCGAGGUGGUGACGGUGCGGGUCCCCACCCAUGAGGAGGGCUCCUACCUGUUCUGGGAGUUUGCCACGGACUAUUAUGACAUCGGCUUUGGGGUUUUCUUCGAGUGGACGGACGCCGCCUCUGCUUCAGUUAGUGUGCAUGUGUCGGAGUCCAGUGACGAGGACGAGGAUGAUGAAGGAGAUCCUCCCAGUGAGGAGGAGAAGGCAAAGAAGGAGGCAGGGAAGCCCCAGGUGGACGAGAUUGUGCCGGUGUACCGGCGGGACUGUCAUGAGGAGGUUUACGCCGGCAGCCACCAGUACCCCGGCCGUGGAGUCUACCUGCUGAAGUUUGACAACUCCUAUUCACUCUGGCGCUCCAAGAGUGUUUACUACAGAGUCUACUACACCAGAUAAGCCUGAAUACAGACACGGGGGGAGCCAAGGAGUGUGUAUGUUCAUAUAUCUAUAUGUGUAUGUGAGAGUGUGUGUCUGUGUCAGUGGAGAUUUGUGCGAUGGCAGCCUGUGUGUAUGGAGGAGAAAGCGCUACCAUAUAUGUUUUGGACAAAACCACCAGAGGGAGACAAAGAGGCACAUGUGGAGCCACAGUCUGGAGAUUCGACUAUUAUUUAUGUACCUUGUGUGUAUGCGUGUCCCAAGAUGCACCCAUGCUAGAUCCUGACAUCGAGCCCACGGAAGAGGAGUGUGUAUUUCUGUUGUAUAUUCACCACCUGUCUUCGCUGUGCUCACGUAGACCAAGCUGUAAGACUUCGCUCUCAUGUUGUGUUCAACCGCUCUUCACCCUGGGCUCCUCUCAUGUCAACACCCCAGCCCCCACACUGUCCAGCGUGGCCUUGUGGCUGCUUCUGCCCCUGAGUGAUGCUCUCAUGACCAUCAGCGGACACCAGGCGACUGUGCCAGCCAAGCGUUUCGAGUUUGGCAGUAACAGCGGUUGUUUAUCCCACGAGAACACAGACAAUGUUGAAAAAAUCUUACUUUACUGAAAAUGUACUCCCUGACACUAUAACGUUUUGUUUCUCAGAGAGCUACUGGUCUUUGCCAAGUCUUACUAACACUUUACAAAAACAACUGUACACACACAUCUUUUUUAGUAGUCCCUCAUUCUCUUCCCAUGUAACCAUGCAUACAUGAAGAUCUGAGAGGAUGCUCUGUGGAAGCACUGCUCUUCUCUGCCUUUUCUCAUGUAGAUGUCACAUUUUAUUUGUUCGGGUUAAUUUCAUCAGUGCAUCAGGAGUAAGUUUCUUAUUUUUUGGAUUGUAGUUUGCCUGCAGAAUUUAUGAAGGACGGGCAAGAAGGCAUUGCAGGGUUUAGCAGAAGCUCCAAAUGAAGUCAUGGGUGUUAAUUGAGAGAUAAUAAAAUAACCCAACACAUGGUUAAUGUAUGGCUGUGGGUCUAAACUCAAACAUCUCAGUGUGUGAUGCAGAUUAAAAGAUUUAAAAACACAUUGUUUCUCCUACAAAUAUUUUUGUGUGUAAUGCCAUUUCAGUUUUAUUCCACCUUCAAGCAGUUGACUCUUGUUGAGAGUCUCUGUUGUUAUGGUUACGCCACAUGAAUAUGAAAUUCAGUCAUCAAAAGAAACGACAGUGUAUUAAUACAGAUGUUAUAUUGUGGAGCGAGGUGUUUGUGUCGCAUGUUUGGAGUGGCUGUACUCAGUUCUGACACGUCGAACAAUAAAAACUCAAUGAUUCAGAGGUCAUGACACACUGUUACAUCUCUGCAGCGCUCAAAUAACAACACAAACACAAAAUACAGCGCUUUUGUUUUGUUUUGUUUCCAACUUGUCACCUCAGACAUUGUGUCGUGAAAUAAACUAAGAGGAUGUACUCUUCUAAUUGUGUCUUGGGUAACUAGGAUGUGACAUCAAAAUGUAUUUUACUUUUCUAAUUUUUUUUUUUGUUGUUGCCAUAAUUUAGACUCAUCCUGUUUUUCGGUUUCACAUUUAAUAUGCAAGUUUGUUUCUGUACCUUCCACCUGGAGCAUUAUGUUAUCUACCAACUGUGGGAAUCUGACCAUUGUUUGUUGAAUGGGGGCAUCAGAGACAUUUGGUUUCACUUUGCAACACUUCUUGCGCUGUGUUUGUUCAUUUUUAUGUAUGUACGCAACCAAACCUUAAAGACGCAGGGGUGGAGUAUCUUACAAGUUGGUUUCUCCUCCACUCUCCUUUUGGAUUUGUCAUAUUUAAUUGGAGGCCGCUCACGCCUCCUGCCCGUUCAGUGAUUUGUGUAAGAUACGUCACUACCUAUGGCUCAGACCAAUCCAUACAGUUCAAGCAAGUUCCCAUAUCUUCUGAUGUGCGAUGUUUGUUUAGUUUCUUUUCUUCUUAAGUUUCUUAAUUGCUCACCAAAUGGUUUGAGUCGACUUGUUCAAGCCUUGUAUGUAAAUAAUUCUACAAAAUGACUUUAUGUAUGGGUUUUUAGAUGUGGAGGAAGGCUAUUGUUUUCAGAAUAAAUGCACUGUAAAAUAUGGUGAAUGAGAAAUGUAUGCAUUUGACUCUGAAUGAAAGUCCAAAAUUCACAGGAAGUAUAAAACUGCUCUAUUGACAUGAAAGAGAAACUCAUCUUUUUUGUAUUGUUUUGACUUGUUUGGAUCUCUUCUGAGUUGGGGCGUAUAUUUAAUCUUGAUUAAACUUAUGUUCAUGUCUAGAACUGGACCGUUAA